AUGGCAAACAGCUUACAAUCCACCGGACUCCAUAUUAACUUUAUUAAUGAUAGGGCUGCAAAAGCACUCAAGCUUCCUCAUAUUGUUGUUGAGCUCAUCCACACUGGCCUUCAUCCAAUUCACCCGCACCCACUCAAUAAUCAACGUCGCCGCAUACUCCACCAUUGUCCUGUCGGCCACCGCCAGCCCAGCUGCAGCCUUGACAGUGUUCCUCACAUUAUAAGCAUAACUCUCGAGGAUGUUCCUAGCUUCGGCCCUCCUCUUAAUCUCUUCAUCCUCUGCCUUGUGCCUGGCGGCAUCCCACACUAUCCUAUCAAUCUCCUCUUUCGACAACCUCCCUUCUUCGUUUGUUAUAGUGAUCCCGUUUGUUCUGCCCGUCGACCUCUCUUUGGCCGACACACUGAGUAUGCCGUUGACGUCAAUUUUAAAGCACACGUCCACCUUCUGCAGGCUCCUCGGGGCAGGUGGUAUUCCCUUCAACGUGAAAUUCCCGAGCAGGACAGCCGCCUGCACGGCAGCCCCGUACGCAACAGCCUCAUCUGGGUUAAUGCUCCUGCACAGCUCCUUUCCCUCGAAAAUACACUGCAGCAUCUUCUGAACCUUGGGAAUCCUGCUCGAGCCUCCAACGAGAACGACAUCAUGGAUGGCAGUCUUCUCCACCCCAGCAUCUCUCAGGCAGCUCUCGACGGGCUCGACGCAUUUUUCGAACAGGUCCAUGUUGAGAUCCUCGAAUUUAGCACGAGUAAUGCUAGAGUGGAAGUCAAUUCCCUCGUGCAAACACUCAACGUCCACGGCCCGCGGGUUUUCGGAAAGGUCCUUGUUGUACUUGCACUUGAACUCUUUGGCAAAGUGAUCGACAAUGCGGUUGUCGAAAUCCUCCCCGCCAAGGUGAGUGUCGCCAGUAGUGGCCCUCACCUCAAAGUUGAGGCCAUAGGCAAUGGCAGCAGCAGUGGGCUCGUUGAUGAUGCGGAUGACAUUGAGGCCGGCAAUGGCACCGGCAUCCUUGGUAGCCUGUCUCUGAGAGUUGCUAAAGUAGGCCGGGACGUAUCAAAUCCGUACACAGCAGUAUUAUACGGGCGGAUACGACGGCCCUGUAGAGUGGGUCUCCUGGGCCUUUGUACGGUAUCGGUGGUACUAUGCCUCCAACAACGGAGACACAUUCUUUUGCCUGAGAAGAAGCUCAAAACACCACUCAUCGCCCCGCCUUUCCCUUCCCUCUUCCCUAAACUCGCCGGAGUUUUUGCCACAGGUGUAGGCGGCGACGACAUCGGCCUCCUGGGGGCCAAUGCCCACGCGGAUGGAGAAGUCGAGGCCGACCUAUCUCCUCGGCACCUCGAAUUUGUUCGUGCUUCAAGGCAAAUACGCGGCAAAAUUCCCGCCCAACUCUCCGGCCUUUUUGAUGUUUUGGAAGUUUUCGAAGCCUUCUUAGAGUGCAUGUUGACCGCCGUGUUUCAGCUAUUGCUCCAGAGCAGGCGCGGCUGA